AUAUGUGAAUUUAACUCUUUUCACAAAAUGAUUAAUAUUUUUCUAGUGUCUAAGAUUAAAAAAAGGCCACUAAACUUGGUUGAAUGCUUUCUUUGCAUUUAGGGAAAGCACUAGACCAUCCAUGAAGACAUGCUAAUAAAAUUAUAAUUUAGAUGGUGGUUUGUGUCAAAUUUGGGUUUUGUAGAUACAUCACUACCUUGUUUUUCUCAGUUUUGAUGAAACACUUAGUCUCAAGAGUUCAGAUCAUAUGGAAUGAAAUGUCAGCAUCAGAAUUAUUACUAAUCCAAGACUGAUGUUGAUUGUUUACUUACAGUAUUUUAAGUAUAUUCUAAGCCUUUACUACAUCUUGUUACCUGAAAUGUGACCCAUAUUUACCCUCUAAUCCAGAGGUUAUGCUGUGACAGGAAGAGGAACAAUGAAAUACUAAAGAAACAAAGAGCCCACAUUUUAGCCUGAGAUUGAAAAGAGACGACAACAUGGUGUAAUCCCUUUAGCUAGAGUUGCUGACAGGGGAUAACCCUUUAAAAUGGCCCCUCUCUCCUGUCCUGCCCUCUGUUCAGCCCCCCAGCCCCUGUCUGUCUUUCUCCAUACACUGACUGACUGACUGAACUACUGUUACUAUGCCCGUAAAGACACCUGCUCUCACAAACACAGGAAACCACCAGCAGCACCUGACCAGCACUGAGGAACUUCACUAACACCUCAAAUUCACUCAUCAUUUGAACCGCAACCAGCACAAGCUCAUCCACAGUGGGACCGAGAACACAACCGAGGAGUCGCAUCAUGACUGAGAGUGACAAAGAGCUGUCAGCCAUGGUGCAGGAGCUGUGGGACAACGAUGUCAACAGACUCACACCUGGAAAAGAUUACAGGAUCUCUCUGCAGGGCAAAGCUGGAGACAGCAUGGCCAUCAACAACGACGACAACAACGACGGAGCAGGGUCUCCUCUGUUUACAUUUGUCGAUGAGAACAUAUUCAAAAAGGAGACUUUUCUGGCCUUUAUCUCCCUGUUGGAUAACUACGAGAGUGACACCGGUGAACCAGAAAUUGUAACCCCUGAGGAGGUGGCAGAGAAUCACAAGUUCCUGGACUCAAUCAUUCAGACUCCCACUAUGAAGAUUGCUCAUAAAUACCUGGUAGAGAAGCACCUCUCUCCAGCAGAUGACACACAAUUCAAGGAGCAGCUGUACAGGAUCUGGUUUGAACUUUAUGCGAGGAGAGGAUCCAGCAGACCAGACUCGUCAGGGUUUGAACACGUGUUUGUCGGAGAGACGAGAGGAGGGCGGACUGUCAUCGGCUUUCACAACUGGAUCCAGCUCUACCUACAAGAAAAGCUGGGACACAUUGACUACAAAGGCUACAGCGUCAGUGCAAAUUCACCCCAGCCUGACGAGAAAAAACACAUCCUGGCACUACAGUUCAGCUGGAAGAACGGCAUAAAGCCCAAGGGCAGCAUCUUCAUCGGCGUCAGUCCCGAGUUCGAGUUUGCCCUCUACACUCUCUGUUUCCUCACCUCCCCAAACGAGCGUGUCAAAGUCCAGUUCAGUUUCUACGAUGUGGAAAUUGUUUGCCACCACUACAACCAAAAGCACAUAGGAACCACUUACCCAGUGCUCCUUAAGUACCAGAACCCUGAGUAACUUUACAAGAUCAGUUUGAGAUAAAACUGCUCCAACUCUUGAACUUGCUUACAAAGUGUCACGGGUGUUGUUGUUGUCUUUUUAUUUUAGAUAAAAAUACAAUAAAACCUUACAA